AUGAGCCGUGCUUUAUCCUUGGCUGUGACGGGCGUGCACGACUUGCGCGCUCUGGGCACAGCAGAGCUUGCGGCCAUGGUCCUGCGUCGGCCUGAGCCCAUUCUGCUGCCGCGCCGCGGACGCAUGGUGCGCGCAGGCGUCUUUGCACGGCAGGGCACGUACGCCGACGACUUCAGGUUCCAGCGGCUGAUCCAGGCGCUGAACCAGGGCGUGCGCGGCGACUUUGCCCGGGCCGUGUGUCGCGACGUGGCUGUGGUGCGUCAAUUCGUGCUCCCGCACUCCCAGAGCCGUGUUUUGGGCCGUUCCGCAGAUUGGCGAGCGCAGCUGGCCCAGCUGCAAAACACCGAGUUUGGACGGUAUGUGGUGCAACUGGUGAGCAACCGGCAAGACGAGGAGGCCGAUCGGGCAGUCUUGCGUCUUCUGGGCACCGAGUACGAGUUCUCGCACACGGCUGCCACGCUGGACGUCAUCUGCCGUUAUUUAUACGAUCGUGGCAAGUGGCGCGAGGUUGUGGCGAUGCUGGACAUCUAUUCGCAGUGGCGCAAGACGCCGGCCGUUGCCACGUACAAUAGGGCGAUUGCUGCAAAACGGCAGCUGCGCCAUUGCGACGAGGACGACUUCGAGAGCUGGGUGUUUGAGCGGCUGCGUGUGCAGCGAUUGGCUCCGGAUGCCGACACGUUUCUGCGCAUUUUCGAGAAGCUGAGCACGCUUGACAGCCGGCUGGCGUGUCUGGGCGUGAUGUCAUUCAAGCAAAUCAACGUAGAGUCGCUGGUGGGGCCCGUUGUGGCGCAGGCAGCAGAGAAGCUGGGCGGAACCAGAAUCGGCAAAAAAUUUCUGUUUCCCAGCUGUUUGAGAGUGCAUUUUUCAAAACUGUUCCUGGCACGCAUGCUCGCACACAGCGGGCCACAGAUGGCGUUACGGUACCUGGACUGGACGCGGACGCCGCUGAGUCCGCGAUUGGUUGCAGUGCUGGUGCUUUUUUUUCUGCAACGGCAGCCGUGCGAGAUCUGGAACGCGGUGGCUGCUAUCAACUAUUUCCGCACACACUACGGGUACAGAUGUGAUUCCAAGUACGAUAAGCUGCUGGUGAUCAAGCCGCUGUACAACGCGGCGCGCGAGCGGCAGCUAGACACACGAGUGCUGAAAGUGCUGUACCACGAGUCGUUCUGGCAGGACCAAAAUGGGGCUGUGCACAGCUCUGUGAAAAAGUCCCGGCUUGAGGGAGCCGUGGCAGAGCCGCUCACCGAGAGCGACCGCGCGUGGGCACGGGACGUGAUGGACAUCUGCUGGCCGGUCGACCAGACGGGCGCGCCGCUGGUCGACGAGCCGGGACAGUUGUUUCUAGACAAGUCGCGUUAUCUAGGCCACAAUGCAUAA